UGAUUUUGCAAAAAGCAGAGGCCAAGAGGGAGGGGAAGGGGCUGGCUCUUCUUCCCUCUCUCCCCCCUCCCUCCCCCUCCCUUUGCAAGAGGAGGCAUGCCUGGCACUUCAUGCACAACAAGAUCAGGAGCCUGUCUAGAAGUGAAAAUGUGGAGUCGGCCGUAUCUCAUCAGUGAAUAUUUUGAAGAGGAGCCUGGAGGAUGUCAUGCCUAUUACCUUGCUUGAAUUUAAAGACUUUGGGCUUUUUAUGAAAAUAGGAUGACCAUCAAGAAAGAAUUUAGUUCUGUGGUUUAAACAGCUCUGGAAAAACAAUAAUAUCACAACAUCCUGAUUCUGCACGCUGAAGACUUCUGAGGAGUUACAGGUCUUAGUUUGCUUGUUUAAAUGGUUCUUGAUGAGAGAAAAUGGGGGAUCAGCAAAUGUACAAAACAAACCAUGUUGUUAGCAACAAUGAAAGCUUUUAUUACCACCACCACCACCAGCAGCAACACCCAAAUUCCCUCACAUCUUUAAACCAUAGCUAUGGAACCCCAGCCAUGGACACAUCUCAGGAUUCCCCCCUCUCUCCUUCAUUCCCUCAUGAAACUAGGGAAAACAUAGCUUUGAAUGUUGGGUCCAAAUCUCUUGGGCUGAUGGAUUCUCCUAGACAGGCAGACUGGGCCCAUUUGGGUUCUGGGAACCAUGUCGCACUAAGGAACAAUCAGAAUGUCAUGUGGAGCCCAGCAGGACAGAGUGAACCUACUGAUGGAUACGAACUUCCAUGUUCCCAAGCCAACGAAGUCAGGUCACAGAAAAUGACUAGCGGGGUUUUGCAUAAAUUAGACUCCUUUGCCCAGGUGUUUGAUAACCAGAACUUAAGAAUCCAAGUUAACAAUGUGUCUCAGAUCAUUCAGCCUCAGCCUUCAGGAAUGGAGAACGCCAGUGACAGUGCACUUCGGCAGCUGCUGUCUCAGAAGCCAGCUGUUGAGAUGCAGCCAGUACAGAGAUAUCAGCAGGGGCCACAGCAAAUCCACCAAGGGUUUGCAAGUGCCCAGCAGAAGCAACAAAUGCUCUUAAUGCAGCACCAGCAGCCUCUCUAUUAUGACAACCAGCAACACUUAGCCCACUUACAGAUGCACCCUGUGAUGCAUCAAGGCCAGGCCCAUUUGCAGCAAAUGCAUUGCCAGCACCCUCUGCCCCAGCAGCUACAUCAGGAUCAGUACUAUCUGCAGCAUCAAUCCUCCCACCAAGGACAGCACAGGCUCUUGAUACAUGAGAUGCAGCAGCAGAGACAGUGCCCAGUGCAAACUGCUCAAUAUUAUCCAUCACAGCCUAUGAUGCAACAGUUACAGCAGCAGCAGAUGCAAAUGCAAUUUCCUCCCUGUCACAGAGAUCCUGACCAGAAACCUCUGCAUGAGUCUCAUCAUUACUCCCAAGACCGGGGACAUUCUGUGCAGCUUAUCCAACUGGGAGCAGUUCCUCAAUACUUCUCCCAGGAUCCACAACAAUCAUUCAGAAACUUAUAUCCACAACAUUUAUUGCAACAGCAGCAGCCUCCAGCAGGAGAUACCAGUCAGUCAAACCACUUCCAGAAUGACAACAAAGCUCAGACUUUGAUAGACUCUCAUCUUGGACAUCCUGGGACAGAAGGGGCUGAGCAUUCACCACAGCAAAGCAUCAGUUCUGCUGGUAGCAGCAUCCCUCAUCAGCCUCUUAUACCUCCAGCAAAUCUCAACAUGAAUAACAAAGGGCCUCAGCAGUUGUCUCCUGAUGCAGCAUGGCCUCAGAUCCAGCUAUCUGACAGCAGACACCAAUCAGUUUCUCCUGAACAAAGGGGUCAUGAUAAAGAAACUUACACUGAGAGAUCUGAAUCAAAGAGCAAACUAACAUGCUCUGUAUGCUUCAAGGAAUUUAAGAGUUUACCAGCCCUAAAUGGCCACAUGAGGUCUCAUGGGGGAAUGCGUGCAUCUCCUAUUUUCAAACAGGAGGAAGGCAAGAACCUGCCAGAGCCACAGCAACAGCAGCAACGAGAGCAGCUGCCCUCCGAAGUGGAGAGCUUCAUGCCCAUCGUCAUGCCUGUUUCUGUCCCUGUAAAGCUUCUAUCUCCAGAGCCCAGCAAGCAGGCUGCUGAAGGCAAUGCUGCACUCAAAGAUAAGCCUGUCUCAGAUGAUGAAAUGCCUGUUCUUGUGAGGAUGACUUACUCUCCACCACAUUCCCCUAAAGUGGCCAGCCCCUGCGUGUCUUCUGAACUCAGCAAAAAACACCAUGAGAGCACCGACAGCCCUGAAGUCUUCAGACCUUCACUAGACAAGAAGAAAUACCGCCAUAGGCCUGAACCACUUUUCAUACCACCUCCGUCCUUCAACCUCAGUGUGAUUCACUCAGGUGCAACGCUCUACCAAAGCCAGCUCCGUUCUCCCCGGGUUUUAGGAGACCAUCUGCUUGACAGAAUUCAUGAUCCUCCUCCUUACACCCCCCCUCCGAUGCUCAGCCCUGUACGUCAAGGAUCUGGCCUCUUCAGCAGCGUUAUCACAUCCUCUCAUAGUACAUCUCACCCCCAGCUGCCACUCACUCCUCUGACACCCACUCCUCGGGUACUGCUCUGUCAAUCCAAUAGUGUUGAUGGAAGCAUUGUUCCAGUGACCCCAGGACCUGGAGAACAGACAAUUGACAUAGAACCACGUAUCAAUAUUGGAUCAAGAUUUCAGGCUGACAUCCCAGAGCUUAAAAAUAUAGCAUCUGUAGGGAAGGAGGAUCACAAGGCCAUCUUAGUUUGGAAACCAUGGCCGGAACUGGAAGAUAAAACUUUCCAACAAAGGGUGACCAACCUCUUAAACAUGUGUUGUUCAAGUGUAUUAACUGGCGGAGGGACUAAUCUAGAAUAUGGUUUGCAUUCUCUCUUUGAAGCUAAAGGGAAUAUAAUGGUUGCUGUGGAGAUGCUUCUUUUGUUGAAACCAAGAAGAGCAAAAUCAAUGGCAAAUUAUCAUUAUGCUGGUUCAGACCAGUGGACACCUGUUGAAAAAAAACUGUUCAACAAAGCCCUUGCCAUACACAGCAAAGAUUUUAUUUUGGUACAGAAAAUGGUGAAGUCUAAGACAGUUGCACAAUGUGUGGAAUACUACUAUACUUGGAAGAAAAUCAUGCGAUUAGGAAGAAAGCAUAGAACACGCCUAGCAGAAAUAAAAGAUGAACAUCUGACAAGUGAGGAUGAUGAGUUAGAGGAAGAGGAGCACACAGAGGAAGACAGAAAAUCUGUCAAAGAAGAGGAAGUUGAAAUCCAGAAUUCUCCUGAUCCUCCACCAGCUGCUGUUUCUGCACCCAUUAACCUGCCUUCUCUGCAAAGCAUCAUGCUUCCUGUUACCUCUUUUUCCUGUGAAAUGCCAGACUGUGGGGCUAUGUUCAGCUCCAGACAAGCUCUGAAUGGCCAUGUCCGUAUUCACAGUAGUACAAACCCUGUGGUGAAAUCCCGCUCCAGAGGCCCCACUGCAAAGCACAAGCCCAAUUCUGAGAAUGAUUACUGCUCUCUGAAAAGCUCCCCAGCUCACAGUACCACAAGUGGUGAGACUGACCCACCUACUGUCUUCCCUUGUAAAGAAUGUGGCAAGAUGUUUUUCAAAAUCAAAAGCCGCAAUGCACACAUGAAAACACACCGGCAACAGGAAGAGCAGCAAAGACAGAAAGCCCAAAAGGCAGCUGUCGCAGCUGAAAUGGCGGCCACAAUUGCAAGGACUACAGGGCCAGCAGGACAUGGCUUGAUUCCACUGGAUCAUUUGGAUUUGAUAAAACAGGUUGAACAGGUAGACGAACUGAGUAGUGAUGUUGUUCAGGAAUUGGGAGCAGUCAUUGACAGUACAGAAGUGAUAGACCCAGGCCUCUUACUGGAUGAAGACACUGAAUUACUUCAGGAUGAUGUUGAGCUAUAAGAGCCAGAACCACAGUUGGUAAAAUUACAGGUGCCACCUGGAAUUGGUUUCCUCACCAGGGAAGGGCUAAAUGUCAACAUUUGUUUGUUUGUUUUUAGCUGCUUGAAUACAUGGAAUAAUUUUUUUAUCCCAGACUGGGGGGGGGGGGAGAAUACGAGGGGCAAAAUAAACAGCCUUAAAGGAGUGGCUUCAGGCCGCCCCUUUGAUCACCAGAUUGGUGUUGCGGCAACCGCACACCGUGAGCCCGAUCCAACAUUUUCCCAGCUCAAAAAGAAGCAGCAGAAAGAAGCAAUUGCUAUUUGGAAGCAAUUCACUUGUUUUCCCUUUGUCCAGUGUCUUAGAAAUCAAUUUUUUCUGAGAUGAUGGAGGUUUUCUUUCCUUUUCCUUUUAGUUUCAUAAGAAGCCCCAAGUUCUUCAGCUCCUCAGGGUUUUAUUCCUCCCCCCCCCCCAUGAUGCAACCUAAUAUAUUUAGAAAUCUUUUAAUGUAUUUCACUGUACAUCUAUUAGUUCUUGAUCCCAAACAUCUGUGGCAACAGAAAAUACUUUCAAAUUGACAAGUUAAUUGUCACUACAACAAACACAGCUUGAACACAGAGUAGAUUGGUGGCAUCUGGAAACCUUCCCUGGGAUGCAAACAUAUAGUUUGUCUAAUUGUCCCUGGGCUGUUAAGGCCCUACUACUGAAGAGACUGCCCUGGGUGAAUUCAGCAUCUGGUGAAAGGUUGUUUCUACGAAACCAAAGCUUCUGUGCCAGAUGAAGAUUUUCAAGGGCAUCUUCAUAUGUGGCUGUGCACAUGUGGGUCGCUGAGUGAUGGUGCACAUCUCCACAUGCAGUCAAGUUUAAAACAAGAGCAUGGCAAAGUUACCUUUCAGGACUACAGGCUUUGGAAUCUCCCAGCUAGGGGAUUCUGGGAGUUGUAAUUCUAGCAAGUAACUUUUCCAAGCUCUACAAAAAUAGAAUAGAGCUGCAGAAUCAGAUUUUUAUAAAUGUUGACAUAGCAUUCAGCAGUUAAUUCAGUGAGUCUGUUCCAGUUCAAAUAGUAAUUUAGGAUAUUCUGGAGUCAUGUUUUAUGUUUAGUUCAGGGGUGGGCAAUUCCCAGGGCUAGGGAUGGCAUUAGCACCCAGGUUUGGAGGGCUAAUACCUCUUCCCUGUAUUCUCCAUGCCUAAUGUAUUCCUUUUGUUUGAAUUUUCUUAAACUCAAAUGUUCCCCACAUACUCUAGGAGAAAUGAGGGUCUCUGUCUUUUUAGGAGCAGCCUUUUUAAAACAUGGAAGUAAAUCAAUUUACUUCAUGGUUUCUAAAACAACUCUGUUGAACUUAAAACAGACUGGUGGACAUAGAUAAAUUACUGCCCUCACACCUAAUGGGCAUGGGGACAAUUUUAGUUAAAAUCAGGCAAAAGGGGGGGGGGGGAUUAUUAGCCUCCCAGAAGGCCCCUAAGGGCCUCAAACAUAGCCAUGGGAGCCACAUAUGGCUUACAGGUUGUACUUCACACACACACCCCUUCUGAACAAAAAAGGUGGAUCAACAAAAUUAUCUCCUUCUUUCCUCCACAUGGACUUUGUCUUGUGAGAACUUUGCAAUAACUCAUAUGUGCAGCCUGCAUUCUUUCCUUUUCCAGAGCCAGAAGUGGGAUCAUUUUCCAGCCAUAGUUUUCUGCAUCCCAGUCAUUGUAUAGACAUGUGAAAAUUAUGUGCAUAUAUUGAGUUCCUUUACUGUGUGUAUGCCUGGUCAUGAGUAUUAUCCUAGAGCCAGAUCAAAAUCCUAGGGAAUCCAAUAGUUUGAAAGAAAUAAAUCCAGCUCUACAUGGUCAAAUUCUGAAGUUGCUACUUAAGUUGCUACUGUGACAUGGUCAUGGUAUGGUCAACAAUUUUAGGUGCUGCAUUAGAUGAAAAUUAAUCCAUUAGAUCAUCAAGGGCAGUUUAGAUCAUUCAAGUUUUCUCCACAUGGAGCAUCCCUUAAGCAUCUCUAGAAGGAAGAAAAGUAACAUGUAGCCAAAACACUCCCAGUAGCAAAUAAGCCCUCUCAGCAAUAAUCUGUGAUUGAAAACUGUACCACCACAUUCACCUAAAUGUGUGCAAGAAAGCACUAUUCAGGCACUGGUUUUCUAGACAACUGAAUAUUCAAGGUUAGUGCCACAUUGAACAUUACUCUGUAUGGAGGCCUAUCUAGAUAAGAGCUUAGAAAUUAACACACUAUGUAAAAAACAGCCAGGUUUUGACUGUUGGGAAUAUUGAAUGCUCCUGAGCAGUCAACAAAAGCUGCACUGACUUUUCCUUUUUAUACCAACAUGGGAAAAGAUGCUGCUGCCCUUUGAAGGCUUUAAUCCCUGGUCAUUUACUUUUCCCUGUUCUUCAAAGGCUAAGGAAGAUUAGCUGAGAGAGAACUGGAGAUGAAAGCUGCCAUUCAGAGUGAAAGUUGUAGACUAGCAAAUGGAGAAUUGUCUAAUCAGAAUGCUCAACAAGCAAAGUCUACCUGCUUUCCACAUUUUGACUAUAACUUGUAGCCUGAGCUUGGAAAAGUUGCUUUUUGGUUGACAGUUCUCAUAACCUAGCCAUGCUGCCAUGCUAGUUGAGGGAUUCUGAGAGUCUAAAAAAAGUAAGUUUCCGAGCGCCAAAAGGGAAAAAAAGAAUUACAUAUCUUCAGCACAAUAGUCCAUGUUUUCUUUCAUUUUAAAUUACUGUAUAUAAGACAUUUAUUUGCCUCAUCAAGGAGAAGUUUAAUUUUAUUGUGGAGUCUAAUAUAUAAUCACAUCAGUAUUUAUUUAUGGCAGUCAGUGGCUAUGACAGUAAACACAAAAUCUGAUGAAGCAAAAAGAAUAUAAAUUUAAAAUCCCUUAUGGGAAGAAAAGAAAUACAAUAAAAUAUUGCAUGCAACUUACAGUCAGCUGAAUUACACAAUCAUAGAUUUUUGUCAACAUUUUCUAGCAGUCUAGGCAAAUUUGCUGUUAUUUUACCUCUUAUUGUUUGGGUUUUUUCCCCCAUAGUUGAAAAAAAUUCAAUUACUGCUAAAAGGACAACAUCUUCAGUAAUGAGCAUGAGAUACUAGUCCAUGCUUUUGGGAAAAGAGCAACUAAACAAAUAAUAUGAGUUGUGAAGUUGAAGGCUUUCAUGGCCGGCAUGUGAGUUGUCUUCCGUUCCUUCCUUCUCAUAAACAGAAAGGCUGGAUCCACUGUUUUCUCUGCAUUCCUCAGCAGAAUGGUCUUGACAGCAGAAAGAGAAGGGAGAAAGUGGUCUCUGGGAAUUGGCCUCUCUCUCUAGCCCACAGCCCCACCUUCCCCAUUGCUCCAGGAGAGGAGAUGAUGCUCAGUUCUUGCAAGAGAUCCUUUCAAAUUGAUUUGUGUGGUUUAUAUUUGUGUACAUGCUGAGAAGCAUGUACUUCAGCUACAUAAGCACCCUCACAAGAAAAUACGAUACGUGGAAAUUACUUGUUAAUUGAAGCACCUGUUAAAACAUUAAGUCUUUCUCAACAGGAACACGCCUUCCAGAAGUUUCUGAACUGCAGCUCCCUAUCACCCCACCCGCUGGGAUUUACUGGCUAGAACUAAUGAGAUUUAUAGUCCAAAAACCUCUGGACGGCACAUUCUCCCAUCUGUGCUAUUGAUUAUUCUUCCAACGAUACCUCUCUGAUGUGAAAUUGCAGAGUGGAUUGGUUGGUGCUUCAGGUUUGCAAUUGGAAGCAAUACUUGCAAAUAUUCUUAAAACUGGUAGAAGUAAUGAUAUUAUGGGCACUAUCAUCAAUGGACAUCAGUCAUCACACACCAGGGCUCAAAUAAUUGCUGAUGGUAACGUUCUGUAAUAAUGAUGCUGUCUUUUUUUUUAGUAUGGAGUUUAUCACACGGGAAAUCCCAUGCAGAAAUGGGGAUUUAAACUAGAAAAAAAACCACAAAAGUGGAUUGAUUUUAACACAUCAUUGUUAAUGUUGUGUCAGCCCAAAUGGAAAGUGGACCGAAAGUAGACAAAAGCCACUCCUUUUUACUCUC